GAUAAAUCCUUAUCCUUUGCCUUCUAACAUAGAGAAGAAAAGCAUGGAGAAAUACAUAAAGAUGUUGAUGGGUCUCCUUCCAUGCAUCCAUUAGCUUGUCCUCUCCUCCUCCCCUCCCACCCGUACUCUAUCUUCAAGAGUAGCACAGGGUGGGUGGGCUGUGAUCGAGCCAUAUCACUGACGAUUUGAUCAUUGAUGGGUAAUUGCUGGUUCAGAGGAAGUUCUUUCGGCCACAAAAUAUCCUCAAAUGCCAAAGCAGCUCUACAGUGAUUCUUGAAUGCCAUCCCCCAAUCUUCUCUUUUCCAUUUUAGAUUCUCAGAAGAAUUCCGAUCCUUCAGUUAAAAAAGAGGAAAAGGAAGGAAGCCAAAAAUUGCCUUCCAACCCUGAGGAAGUCGAGGACUUGAGAGGGGAUACUGCAACAAACCAUCUCAUAGCGUUCACUUUUGAUGAACUCAAGAUCAUCACAGGAAACUUUCGGCUGGACUAUAUAUUAGGCGAAGGCGGAUUUGGAAGCGUUUACAAGGGAUUCAUCAAUCAAGAUCUCAGAGAGGGGCUUCAACCUCUUCAAGUUGCAGUGAAGGUCCAUGAUGCUGAUAAUAAUAGUUCACAGGGCCACAGAGAGUGGCUGGCUGAGGUUAUAUUUCUUGGGCAGCUUUCUCACCCUAACUUGGUCAAGUUGAUUGGUUACUGCUGCGAGGACGAGCACCGAGUCCUGAUAUACGAGUUCAUGCCUCGCGGAAGUGUUGAAUCCAAUCUCUUCUCAAUUGUGUUGCUCCCCCUUCCGUGGUCUAUCAGGAUGAAGAUUGCACUUGGGGCUGCCAAAGGGCUUGCUUUUCUCCACGAAGCUGAAAAACCAGUCAUCUUUCGGGAUUUCAAAACAUCCAACAUUUUGCUAGACCAGGAUUACAAUGCAAAACUUUCUGAUUUCGGACUUGCAAAAGAUGGACCAGUUGGGGAUAAAUCUCAUGUUUCUACCCGCAUUAUAGGAACUUACGGGUACGCGGCUCCGGAGUAUAUCAUGACAGGGCAUUUGACAGCCAUGAGUGAUGUUUAUAGCUUCGGAGUUGUUCUCCUUGAGCUCCUCACCGGACGGAAAUCACUGGACAAGUCACGCCCCACCCGCAAACAAACACUCACUGAUUGGGCUGCCCCAUUGCUCACUCAAAAGAAGAAGGUUCUCGAAAUUGUAGACCAAAGAUUGGGGGGAGACUACCCCGAGAAGGCCGUGCAAAAGACAGCAAUGCUGGCUCACCACUGCCUUAACCGAAAUCCAAAGGCAAGGCCUCUUAUGAGAGAUAUCGUCGACUCCUUGGAGCCGCUUCUGAUAGAGGCUGAGUUAUCAGUUACAGGAGUAGUGUAUCAGUUUAGUUACAUAUGAUUUUGACACUACAUUUUCUUCUUCCAAUGCUCUUCAAUUCUUUUCGCGAUGGGUAACUGCACAUCCAUCAGCUGUGAAUUGAGAGAUUAAUAUGAAAUUGUUGAAGCAGUGCCUCAGAGAAGUCUGAUACGCAUAGACAAUACCAUCCCAUUGCAUAAUUUGAUAAAAGACUGAUAUGCAAGCUUAUUAACUUGCAUAAUUUGAUAAACUCAUACUGUAGUGCCUCAGAGAGAGAAGCUAAUCGUUGUCAACUAAUCAUUCUCCUCCUACAAAUUGGUAUUAUUAUUAUCCAUAACGACUGAAAAAUAGUCAAUACCAUCUCUUUUACUGGCUUCCAAGCACACCCUUGCUUUCAGCCACUCAAGCUACAGUGACACAUAAAAAGAUGAUUUUCAAUGGGGAAUGGAAACACAGACCAUUGCAUUACAACAUUGCCAGAUGAUGCUAGCAAUAGGGCAGUACAAAAAACAAAAAAAAAGGACAAAGGAGCCCCGCAAUCACAAUACAAA